AUGGAUCCUUUUAAGAUACUAUCCGCGCAUGAGGUGAAAGAGGCAGAGGACUGGUGCGAAGCAAACAAGAACAUAACAGCGGGGAAAUGGUUCAGUACGAGAUGGAUGAUGGAUAUGUGGGUUGAUAGCGAGCAAGAAGUAAGGCGAUUGGAAGCAUUUGGAGACGAGAUAGCUGAAGUUGAAGAAGAAGAAGAAGAAGGCAUCGAAGAGGAUGAGGCUGAAGAAGAAGAGGGUGAUGAUACAGGGGAUUCGUGUGCUUCUUUGAAGAUGGCAUCAACACACUCGGAAAUGUUUGUAGUAACCAAGUUGAAUCUUUUUAAUGAAAAGUAUGAAGAUGCCCAUCUCUCGUAUCCGAUUUCUGCAGCCAUGCAUGAGGACCGUAUCAGGCAAAAAUGCAGAAAACCGCGCUACCUUUUAUCUUUUCCCCUCUCACGAAAAGUUCAUUUCCCUCUGUCCAACCCUAUUCCCUCUCAUGUCCAUCCCUCUCUUUCUCUCUCUCAAUCUCCCACACCCCUCUUCUCUAUCUCUCUCAAUCUCAUCCACCUCGUUGGGCCCAACGUAAAAAACCUCAAGGAAUCUAUCGCCAUGGACCAGACCGAUUUCGCACGCCUCACCGACUCAAUGACCGAGUUCGUCGAGGCCAAGACCAAGCUCUCCAUGGGCUACAUCAAGCCCCCGCCGAUCGUGUCUAGGAACCAGCUACUCUUUCUCGUCGUCCUUUUGGUAACAUCGAUUCCGUUCAUGAUCAAGAAGGUGAUUGCCAGGGAAACCCUUCUCCAUGAUUUGAAAGUUUGGAUAGCAUUCACCAUCUUCAUCUAUUUCUUUAGCGUCUCAGGGGCAAUGCAUAACAUAAUCCAGAUGAUGCCCCUAUUUAUGAUGGACCAGAAUGAUCCGUCAAAAAUAAAUUUCUUCUAUCAAGGGUCAGGGAUGCAGCUUGGAGCAGAGGGAUUUGCAGUUGGGUUCUUGUAUACGGUGGUGGGGUUGUUGUUGGGGUUUGUGAUGCACUUCCUGGUGCGGGUCCAGAAUGGGACUGUCCAGUGGGCAUUCAUGUUUGUGGCAAUCUUGGUUUCGUUCUGGGCAGUGAAGAAGGUGGUGUAUUUGGAUAAUUGGAAGAUAGGUUAUGGGAUCCAUGGGUUCUGGCCAUCCAGCUGGAAAUGAGAGUAGGCUGCAUUUAGAUGCGUAUCUUGAAAUUUUCGGGUAAGGAUUUUCUGGGUCAAAGUGGAUUCAGUAGUUUUGUUAUGAAUUUUGUUGGAUGAAAUGAUUUUGACCUGUUGAUUAUUAUGUUUUGAUGAUAGUCUUACUUGGGAUGUCAUAAAUCUUAAAUAGACGUUAGAAAA